AUGGGCGAUUCUGGAGACGAAAUUUUGCUAGAGACUAAUGAUAAUAAGAAAGUUACAAAGGAAACUACUGGCAGUAAUCCUCCGUUGGAUAUUUCGGACGUGGUGAAGCUUGUUACAGGAGUUUUGCAGUCACAAUUUCAAAACCUUUCAGGUCAGCUUAAAGCAGAACAGUCGGAGUCUAUUGCUAAGAAACUUAAAGAAAACUCUACUCUUAAGAUUAAAUCUGAAGGGAAUCGCGCUCAGUACGAUUUUAAUGCUGAUAUUCUUGAGGGUCUAGAAAAACUAGAGAUAAGAGCUUUCGAAAAUAAAGACAAGAAAUUGCCCACAACACCGACGAUGAGAAGAAAAUUAGAAGCGCUGAAAACCGAGCCCUUAGGCAUCAAAGGCAAACCCAGAACAAGCGUUUCCACCCGUAUGGCUCCUACAGAGCUUCUACAGCGUCAGCAGCGGCAGGCUCGGCAGCCCAGCUUACUUCUGGUUCUUCCUCUACUCCUACAUCUCAGCCAUAUACAUGUACAUAUCAGCAGCAGCCCUUUCGUGGCAAACUCACAAGGCGUCAACCACAGCCCAGCGACGUAUGCUUCAACUGUUUUUCCACUGGACACUGGAAAACCAACUGCCCCAAAAACAACAACUGCCCCAAAAACAAGUCACAAAGUCAAUGAUAAGUAUACAGUUCCGGACAGACGAAUCGGUGAUGCUAUCUGUUGUCUACAGAAAACUAUCAUUCAUUUUCCCGAUGUAACAGCGAGGGAACUUGCAAGAGUAGUGGGGAAGAUCAUUUCUAUGACUCCAGUAAUGGAUAUAUUUAAAGUGGGCAGAUGGACGGGAAUUAAUUGUGGAUUACAGGAUCAUCGUCUAGCGGAACUUGCUUCUGAACUACCUAGAUAUUGUGUAACAUCUAAGGCCGAAAAUACAGCAGAAGAGUACAG